UGGUCAAACAAAACUCGGUAUUUUCCAAUGGCCCGUUAAGCACUGACAGUGGGAUAGGUUAGCUGCAGUUUAUUUAUACGACUCGAUGUGAUAUAUUUCUAUAAAUAAGAACACUUUCCAUCUAUAGUUUAGUGGCUGGUGGUUGUCCAAUAGGUCUCUCCACAGUCGGAUCUCUGGUGCCCCCUAACGCCGGUCGCCACAGGCGCACGGGAUCCGUGACGUGAGGACCAUCCCGAGGAGGCGAGGUUUUCAGGAGAUUGAAAAGUGAUACUGAAGCUUCAGCACCUAAGUGCUUCGACGGAUUUUCAGUAGUGGUCAGCUUUGGGGACUCUUUUUACUAGUUGCAUGACUUUAUGUGUGCCUGUGUGUGCGGGGGGUGUGUGUGCGCGCCUGUGUUUCUGUGGGUUUGUGUGUAAGAGGGACGGUAACAAUAUUAUCCCAGGACUGUGCAGAUGCUAGGCAGUGAGACUGUGCGGGAAAAGUUGCAGCCGCUUUUGAAUGGGAGUCGGUAAAGGAAAAGGAUGCCGCCUGGAACAGGGAGCCUAACGGCGGGGCUUCGAUCAAGCUGGAAAUGCGAUGGACAAGUGGACUUGCCCAGUUACCCUGCAGGACUCAGUCAUGGAGCAUGAACAACCCCGGGACGGUUUCCGGCAGGGACCGCGGCGCUACGUGGAUAUCCUUCUGCUUGGAGAGGCUGAAGUUGGCAGACUCACUCACAUGGAGACGGCAGUUCUUCUAAAAUGACUUUUUCUGAGUUUACCAAUGAGAGCUUCCACGGGAACUGUUCGGAUGCGUCCACGAUUAACUAUGGCCUGUCCACGAAUGAGUCCAUCACCGCCAACAGGUCAGUCCGCCCCGAGGAGCUGGAUGUCAACCAAGCGGUGGCCCUGGGGGUUAUUCUAGGUGCUUUCAUCCUGUUCGCCAUCGUGGGCAACAUCAUGGUUAUUCUGUCAGUGGCUUGCAAUCGACACCUACAAACGGUGACUAAUUAUUUCAUCAUUAACUUGGCCAUCGCUGACCUCCUCCUGAGUACCAUCAUCCUUCCCUUCUCGGCCAGUCUGGAGAUCGUUGGUUACUGGGCUUUCGGGAGAAUUUUCUGCGAUGUCUGGGCUGCGGUUGACGUCCUGUGUUGCACCGCCUCGAUAAUGAGCCUCUGUGUCAUAUCCAUUGACCGCUACAUCGGCGUGCGCUACUCUCUACGCUAUCCAACUAUUAUGACCGAGAUGAAGGCGGUGUGGAUCCUGAUCAUUCUUUGGGUCACUUCCAUUGUCGUCUCGGUGGGUCCUCUACUGGGCUGGAAGGAGCCGGCCCCGGACGACGAGACGGUGUGCAGCAUUACCGAGGAACCGGGUUACGCCUUGUUCUCCUCUCUCUUCUCCUUCUACCUUCCUCUCAUGGUUAUCCUGGUCAUGUAUUUCCGCAUCUACAUUGUGGCCAGGCGGACCACCAAGAGCCUGGAGGCCGGAGUGAAGAGGGAACGGAGUAAGACCAUGGAGGUGGUCCUGAGAAUUCACUGCAAGAGCGUGCUGGACGACUCCAACCCCAACUUCAAGAGCAAGGGGCAUCACUUGCGCAGCUCGCUCUCCAUGCGGCUCCUCAAGUUCUCCCGAGAGAAGAAGGCAGCUCAGACCCUGGGUAUCGUGGUCGGAGUCUUCAUCCUCUGCUGGCUGCCCUUCUUCACCAUCUUGCCGCUAGGUGCAUUCUUCCCGUCCAUCAAGCCCUCCGACGUGGUUUUCAAAGUGAUCUUCUGGCUGGGAUACUUCAACAGCUGCAUCAACCCUAUCAUCUACCCCUGCUCCAGCAAGGAGUUCAAGCGAGCCUUCAUCAGGCUUCUGAAGUGCCAGUGCCGCAGGAGGCGCCAACCCCCCUGGCGCGUGCACAGCCACCGAGAUUGGCAAGUCUCCAUGAAUAGCUCAGUGCGUGGCUUCAACGGGGACACGAUGGCCAGGUCUGUCAUGAACCAAGAGACGGUGUCGAUCAACAGCUCCUCCACACUGAGCCGCGAGCAGUGGGGGAGCAGCGAUGGGGCCGGAGGGGGCAUGGGGGCCAGCCGAGUGCUGAGCCGCCAUAGCUGGAGACUCUUUCCCUCCUUGUCCAGAUCGCCUUUCCAACUCAGAGAGAAAAUGAACAACCUCUCCAACAAGAUCAGGAUGGGACAGCGCCAGCCUUGUGCAUCAGCUAUCGCUAAGGUAGAGAGCAUUCCAGUGGAGUCCAUUUCCAUUGGCGUCUGUCAGGAGUUCAAAGAGCAAGACACCUAUCAAAUAUACGAGGUUAACGAUUCCUGUGGACUGAAAGAGACCGAUAUUUAAGGGGAAGGCAGUGGGAUUGUUGGUGUGAGAUGCAUGCUCUCUAAAUGUGCUUGUUCAAGGAUUGUUGUUGUUUUAGCAUUUCCAAUUUUGACUUGAGAAUGGGUAAAAGCUUUAAUAAGUACUCAUGCUGGGAAGUUUCUCAGGAUCUCUAGUGACUGUGUUCCCUGUGGAUUCCUUGAGAAUUCUCUGGCUUGUGUUUUCUUUCAUGUUCCAUUAGAAAACACCCGGUCCAUAUCACCCACAUUCCUCUUGGUCAGUUCCAAUUGUGUUUGCCUGUGAACAUCUGUGUUCCUCUGGGGAUACCCCAUUCAUCCCAAACAAUUUCUUCUAGGGAUGUCCCAACACACCAUUAUGCUCCUCCAUAUAUCCCUAGUAGUCCCCAUUCUCCAGAGAUUUCUUCAACCGUCUCUAAGCAUCUUCCUCUAGGAAUUUCCCUGUUGCUCCCCUUGAGAGUUGGAGUCUUUUUUUCUUUCCCAGAGCAGAGGUAUCAAAUACCAGAAGGCGCAGCUUUAGGGUGAGGUGGAGCAAAUUUAAAAGAGAUCUGUGAGGUAACUUUUACCCAGAGAGUGGCAUGCCCCACCAGGGGUGAUGAUGGAAGCAGAUGCAACAUUGGAAUUUAAGAGACACAUGAACCAGCAGGAAAUGGAGGGAUAUAGAUCCCAUUCAGACAAAUGGGAUCAGUUUAGUUUGAUAUCGUGGUCUGCACAGACAUAACAGACCGGGAUCUAUGUUGCUCCAGAUUCCGUCAUCUCAUACCUUGUGGAACUUGUGUUCCGUGUUUCACUUUCUAUGUUCUAUGCUUUGAUUCAUGUUCCCCUAGAGAUUGCUCAAGCAACUAAAGGGGGAAGAAUGAUUGGAAGAUCCCUUGUCUAGCCUUACCUAAUCAUGCCCAACCAUGUUCUUUGUGGUUGGUUAUUAUUUUCCCGUGUUCUGUGUUCCCCUUUUUUCCUGCUUCAUGACAUGCCUUUUGAGGCUUUCACCCAGCAAUCUUCUCACGUCCCAUGCCCCUCAGAAAUUGCACUGCAAAUCACCCCAUAUUGUACUGCCUGAGGUACCUCCCAGUCAUUUCCUACCUCUUGCCACCAUUACAUUUCUUUCUCUCUCUCUCUCACACACACACACACACACACACACACACACACACAAUUUUCCUCCCCAUGAUCCUGAAGUGUCUUCCCAUGCCAUUUCUGGUCCCCACCAAUUUCUAUCCACUCAAUCUUUGAGUUUUGUUCCAUUUUCCAUGAUCAUGCCUUCUUCCAAUGUUCACUCGAAGUUCUCUCCCCACUCAGCCACCAUGGGUCAAGCAGGAGCUCAGCGAGCCCCUGGACAGGUCUGGAUAAUUGAGUCAUGCUGAGGUUGCGGUAGCUGCUUGGCAGAAUCCCUGUGGAAGUUCCUGGCAACACUGUCCUGGAUAUAAGCGCAGAUCAGAAAGUUGCACAGAUUGCCUUGUUUCCGUUUCUGCAAUUUGAAUAGCUUAGGACUAUCCUUUUAUUUUUCAUGCAUGGGAUCAAAUCUAGCUCAGGAACAAAGGAGUGAAAAUUUCUCCUCUGCUGAUUGUGAAAGUUGAACCAAAAAAUAAUGAGCUCUGGUCCACGUCAGUCUGGGAACAUGGUAAGUUGCCUAUACUACCCUAUAGAGGGGUGCACACCAGCCUGAAAACAUGGUACAUUGUCAGUUCUGCCCCAUUCCUCCCACUGGGGCAGUAGAGUAAUGGUGGUAAAUACCAGACUCCUGGAGGAAUUCAGAGUCAGCAAGAAUCUGUAGAGAGAAAUGUUGCUGCAGGUUCCAUCACUUGUGGCACCUUGUUUCUCUAGCGCUGUACUGUGUUCCCAGAGAGAAGAAGGCAGGUCACAGAGAAUAUGGGUUUAUUCUACAUUUGACCAUCUGGCCACUGAGUCCUAGAUGCAUAAAAAGGGCCAGUCCCCCACUACACACACAGCCUUCACCCUAACAGUCAUUCAAGGAACCAAGCAAAUAGCUGCCUAUUGGAUCAUUAUUCUGAGAGCUGCAAAACAGUCCUGGGGACCCACAGGCAUACACAGUAAAGAAAAUAAACGUGGUUCUUUGGAAAAAAGGACCUUCAGUGUUGGAUUGAAACUGUUCUCAUUGCUGACUGCAGGUUUAUUGACUUUCAGAGUUCUGUUGAAUGUCCUGCCAGCUUUAACAAAUGGCCGUCCAGCUCAAUAACAGGAACUCCACAUGUAUUUUCGCACUUCAGUGCGUAGCAGGACAUUGUAGGGCUUUGAAAGUGGAGCAAGUGCCAGAGACCAUCAGUCAGUCUCUCCUGACAGCAACACUUCAUCCCUGUAAAUGAUGAACUCCCCUGGUUUAACCUCACAUCUGAAGCUCCUGAUAGAGGAGAAGCUUUGAGUCUCGUGGUGAGAUGUCAAAGCCUCAGGAACCUGCAGGGAGUGUACCAUGUUGAUUUCUUUGAUACCUUACAUUGAGAAUAGUUUAGAAACAUUUGCUUGGUGGGUGAAACGACAACAGUGCACAACAGCCAUUUUCACCAUCACUGUUCUGUCCACAACGUGGACUGAAGUAUUGUGAUGAGACUUCAUCAAAUCCCUGACCUUCUACAUCCUGAUAAUCCCCACUCAAGUAACACUCUGCUCUGAUUCCUUAAAGACAGUUGAGGAUUGUCAAUAAACACAGGCCUUGCCGAUGAUGCCCCCUUUCGGUCCUCCCUGGAUAAAACACAGAAGGAGACCUGAUGAUGUUGCCCCCCCCACCUCCCUUUGCCUGGGAAGACGCAAGGUCAAGCAUGCUUUCUCCAAUGUGGCCUCAACAAAAGUUAUCACAGACUGUGACACUGCACAGUGGGACUCCACUGGCCCUUUGGAAAGUUUCCUUCUCUCUGUGCUCGGGGUUCAAUUAUGCAGCAGAGACAAUUCCUUUCCAGAAUGGGCUCCUACUGAACACUAAGCAUCUUUGGAACUUUACAUCACGGAGAGUAGUAAAAGUGUGGGGACUUACUGUACAAAUGUACAAGUUCAGAGCUGUCCAUCUCACUCACCUCUCUAAAAGGUCUGAUGGGAGUGGUUUUUAUUGCAGUUAAAUCCCCGGUGAUCAACAAUCUGAAACUUGUGAUUCUUGUAGAGUGUUUAUCAGUGGUAUUCUUUCACCAUCAAAGUACAGGGAAUAAAUUGGUUUACACAAGUGAAUGGCUCUGUACUGUUGGUUAAUGUCUGCCUCUUCUUAAUCUUCAGUACUUACUCUCAAGCAGAAGCGGCUAC